AUGUCGCGUGUGCCAUUUCUCGCCUCCCUUGAUUACAACUUAAAUAAACGUGACAAGGAUUGGAUUUCUCAUCAGCUGCCAAAGGAGAGCAUUGAAAUACCCCGUGAACAUCUUCCUGAUCCAGAGACUGAAAAUCUUCCAUCGAGUGUCAGUUUUCGCCAAGAAUCAACGGCUGAGCUGGAGAAGCGUUGGACUGAUACAGGAAUUGAUCGCAUACAUUUAAACCGUCCAAGGCCACCACGUAUUUAA